AACAUGGCGACUUUCAGUAAAUAUGUGACAGCGAAGAACUCCUCCAUAGCAGGCGAUUUGCUGGUUUUAUACCUGCUGAAGCGCAGAAGACGGACGCAGAAACGGAGCGGUAUAAAAGGAGGCUCGGAGCUAGUACUGAACAAUGAGAAAGAUGCCAAAAAAGACCGUGCAGCGGUGGACAAGGUUUUCUUUGGGAGGAUUUUCCAGAUUCUGCGGAUCAUGGUACCCCAAUUCUUCUCCAUGGAGACUGGCUACCUCGCCUUAAUCGCCGCCAUGUUGGUGGCCAGGACCUACUGUGACGUAUGGAUGAUCCAGAACGGCACCAUGAUCGAAAGUGCUAUUAUCGGCCGCUCGCCAAAAGAUUUCAAGACCUUCUUGUUCAGCUUUAUCAAAUUCAUGCCAGCUAUAGCCUUGGUGAACAACUUCCUGAAGUUGGGUCUAUUCGAGCUGAAGCUGAGGUUCCGCGAGAGGCUCACAAAGCACUUAUACGACCAGUACUUGCAGGGCUUCACCUACUACAAAAUGGGGAACCUGGACAACCGGAUAGCCAACGCCGACCAGCUGCUGACACAGGAUGUGGAGAGGUUCUGCAACAGUGUGGUGGACCUUUACUCAAACCUCAGCAAGCCUCUGUUGGAUAUCUGCCUGUACAUCUUCAAGCUGACAACUGCCAUCGGUGCUCAGGGCCCAACAGUGAUGAUGACCUACCUGAUGAUCUCAGGUCUCUUCCUGACCCGACUGAGGCGGCCAAUAGGAAAGAUGACGGUCACCGAGCAGCGGUACGAGGGAGAGUACCGCUUCGUCAACUCUCGCCUCAUCACCAACAGUGAGGAGAUCGCCUUCUACAACGGGAACAUGAGGGAAAAACAGACCAUUCACAGCACUUUCAAGAAACUGGUGGACCACUUGCAUAAAUUUAUCUUCUUCCGCUUCUCCAUGGGAUUUGUGGACAGCAUGAUUGCCAAGUACCUGGCCACUGUAGUGGGUUACCUGGUGGUGAGCCGGCCUUUCCUCACACCGGGACACCCCCGACACCUGAACAGCACACACUCUGAGCUGCUGGAGGAUUACUACCAGAGUGGGAGGAUGCUCCUCAGACUGUCCCAGGCUCUGGGCAGGAUCGUACUGGCCGGCCGAGAGAUGACCCGCCUCUCAGGAUUCACUUCCCGAAUCACUGAGCUGAUGAAAGUCCUGAAGGAUCUGAAUUCUGGAAGAUAUGAGCGCACCAUGGUCUCCCAGCAUGAGAAGGAUUCAGACGCUUCCGAAAAGCUUGUACUGGUGCCUGGAAGUGGACAAGUUAUCAACCGAGACAACAUCAUCAAAUUCGACCACACCCCACUAGCGACACCUAAUGGAGACGUGUUGAUCAAAGACCUCUCAUUUGAGGUGAGCUCCGGCACUAAUGUGCUGGUGUGUGGACCAAACGGCUGUGGAAAGAGCUCUCUGUUCAGGGUGCUCGGAGAGCUGUGGCCUCUGUUCGGAGGAAAUCUGACAAAACCAGAGAGAGGGAAGCUGUUCUAUGUACCACAGAGACCCUACAUGACCCUGGGCUCUCUGAGGGACCAGGUCAUUUAUCCUGACACGUUUGACGACCAGAACCGGAAAGGCAUCUCUGAUCAGGUGCUGAAGGAGUACCUGGACAACGUGCAGCUGGGUCACAUCCUGGACCGGGAGGGCAGCUGGGACUGUGUGCAGGACUGGAUGGACGUGCUCAGUGGAGGAGAGAAGCAGAGGAUGGCUAUGGCCAGACUGUUCUACCACAAGCCCCAGUUUGCCAUCCUGGACGAGUGCACCAGUGCAGUGAGUGUGGAUGUGGAGGACUUCAUCUACAGCCACUGCAGGACGGUUGGCAUCACCUUGUUCACAGUGUCCCACAGAAAGUCUCUGUGGAAGCACCACGAGUAUUACCUCCACAUGGACGGCAGAGGGAACUACGAGUUCAAGCCCAUCACAGAGGAAACCGUGGAGUUUGGCUCGUAACUGUUCGCUGCAGUCCUCCCACAAUGCACUGCUCUGAUGAAACCAGUCCACUAAUUCUUUGCACUCGAGACUUUAGAAAAUAGCUGAAACUACAGACUAAUGUUUUUAAUCAUUUUGCUUCCUUUGUUUGUUCUGUUAUUUAAAUCAUCACUUUAGUCCCGUCUAAUCAUUGACAUGUUCAGUGCGAUAUAUAUGUAAUUUACAUUACACUCUACGGUUUUAAUCAUCUCUGCAUCGCAGUCGUAUCUGACAUCAGUAACAGAGGUCAGCCUGUAGGGAUAAGCUGCAUACCACAGUGGUCUUUAAGUCCCACAGUAACACCGAUUUAUGUUUGCACAGCGUUUCGGUUCUUUAUGUGCAUUAACAAGGGAGUAAUGUAGGAAUACUGUUAGUUUAACUCAGCUGACAGAAGAUAAGAGCAGUGGAGGCUGGUCAUAACUUCCUCAAAAUAACAAAGGGACUGUUAUUCCCAAGUAAACUAUUACCUCGAAGUGUCACACUAUUAUCUAAUGGUUAAAACAUAGUUAUCCAAGUAUAAAUGGAGGUUAAAUAAUGUCAUGCAUACCCACUUUCUCCCGUCAUUGUUGCUCUGUUCAUUCCUGGCCCUUUUCCUUCUGGCCAAAUGACGGGAAAUAAAAGCCUCUUGGGUAAUCCAUAGAGCAUAAGACUGUAGAGAACAAGACUGAAUCUGAACUCCAUAUGGCAUGUCAAGACAGUGAAAUAUUUGUGAGUAAGGACUUGAAAAAAAGCCAACCUCUUUGCCUCUGUAGCUUCAGGACAAACAGUGCUCACUGGAACAGAAUGAUCUUUUUAGGUGGCAAAAGGAAAUAACGUCAUCGAACCUCUGGAAGAAUUUUUCCAGGAACUUAUUGGUCACAAAUUCAGGCCUUCAGGAGAGUGUUGAAAAUAUGAACUCACCAGUAUCUUCAACACUCCUCCUGUCGUGGUCUGAUGAUGUGUGUGUGUGUGAUUACCGUCGUAGUAUGAUGGUCCUGCAUCAGGUCCAGCCAUCGCCCCAGCGUUUCGACGUUUAGCGACAGUAUCCGUUAAUUUUCACUGUGCAAUGAGACAUUUUUCUCCUGAUGAAACCAUUGUAGCAGUGCAGUCUUUUGUGCGCUUGGAAGUAGGAAGCUAUCGUAUACCAUCCAAUUUAUAUCCCCUUGCUCCACAUUAGAGCUGAUUCAUUACGCAGUGCCUCUCCAUGAUCCGAUUGGGCCUCAGAGUCAAGGACAGACUAAUGAUAAAUAAUCCUAAUAAUUAAAAAUGGCUAGAAAACACGAAUACAGAUAGAGCACUUAGUACAUAGUUUGUUUUCAAUUCCAACAAUGAUGAAACGGUUAGUCAAGGGGUUUGCCUUUUACCCACUGUAGGGUCUUUUAGAUCAUAGCUGUAUGAUUAUAAUUGUUGGAAAAUCAGCUAGUUUAUGUUAGCUGAAGCGACUGAUCAAAAGACAGAUUCUUAUUUAAUUAUUAAUCAUUGUCCUCUUACUAAAGGCUAAUCAUUAACCUCUCCAUUUCCAUUCAGUUCAAAUGUAAUAUUUUUUGGGAGGUAGGAUCCAAAAUGUUUGGUUAUCUGGGGACUGGGUCUAAAGUGCGGUUAUGGCGUCUCUGAUACAUGAAUAUGCCGGCAGUCCCCCAGCACCCACGUGCUCUGUAUACUGUAACUUUAUAUUGAAUGUGUGAAAAUGUAAAGAAAGAGCCUCAGCUUUGACCAUGGUUUUAUAUGGAUAAUAAUGUCAUGAUCUCACUCUGCAUUAAAAUAAUAAGACAAUGAAUAAUUUACAAAAA